CUGAAGAGCACGUUGCGUUGCGGAGGCGAGGACUUUGCCUGUUUCCCAUCGCCCGUCACUCGUCGCCACCGCCACCGCCAAACCAACCGCCCACGCCGCCGCCGCCCGCCAUUCCAGCUCCUAACCUCACACAAUCCACGGCACUGCACGCGCGGCUCCGGCCACCUCACGUGUGCUGCUGCUGCUCUGCUUCCCCGAUCGAUCCGGAGACUGACGCGACGCCGUGCCGUCCGUGCCUCUCGGCGCCGGGCCCGUAGCCGCGCCGCGGCGCCCCGUCGGCAUGUCGGGCCGCGUGAGCGCCGUCAGCAACCGGUGCUUGGAGCUGGAGCGGGUCAUCGGCUCCCGCGCCCGCUCGGGAAGCCUCGGUCUCGAUGAUGCGCUCAAGCUGUUCGACGGAUUGCUUACCCACGCCAGGCCUGCCUCGAUUAUUGCCUUCAACCACCUCCUCACCGCUGUGUCUCGUGUCUCCGGCCGGCGCUCCUCCACCACAGAGUCAGAGCUCGUCGUCUCCCUCUUCAACCGAAUGAUCCGUGAAUGCACCAUCAAGGUGACUCCAGACCUUUGCACCUACAGCAUACUCAUCGGCUGCUUCUGCCGCAUGGGCCGCCUGGAGCAUGGCUUCGCCACAUUUGGUCUCAUCCUUAAGUCGGGCUGGAGGGUGAAUAACAUAGUCAUCAAUCAACUGCUCAAGGGUCUCUGUGACGCAAAGAGGUUGCGUGAGGCCAUGGACAUUUUGAUCAAACGGAUGCCUGAGCUUGGCUGCACGCCAGAUGUAGUAUCAUACAAUACACUUCUCAAGGGUUUUUGCAAUGAAAAGAGAGCUGAGGAAGCACUUGAGCUGCUCCACAUGAUGGCUGAUAGUCAAGGUAGAAGCUGCCCACCAAAUGUGGUGUCCUACGCCACCGUCAUCAACGGUUUCUUUACUGAGGGUCAAGUGGACAAAGCUUACAACCUGUUUCUUGAAAUGAUGGAUCGGGGGAUUCAACCGAAUGUUGUGACAUACACCACAGUAAUUGAUGGCCUGUGCAAAGCUCAAGUGGUUGAUAGGGCCGAGGGUGUCUUUCAGCAGAUGAUUGAUAAAGGUGUUAAGCCAGACAAUGACACAUAUAAUUGUCUGAUCCAUGGAUACCUCUCUAUAGGGAAGUGGAAAGAGGUGGUACGAAUGCUCGAAGAAAUGUCUGCACACGGUCUCAAGCCAGAUUGUUAUACUUAUGGUUCGCUGCUGAACUACCUAUGCAAUAAUGGAAGAUGCAGAGAAGCUAGAUUUUUUUUUGAUUCUAUGAUUAGGAAGGGCAUAAAACCUAAUGUAGCUAUCUAUGGCAUUUUGAUUCAUGGAUAUGCUACCAAAGGUGCUCUUUCUGAAAUGCAUGAUCUCCUAAAUUUGAUGGUAGAAAAUGGUCUUUCACCUGAUCAUCACAUCUUCAACAUAAUAUUCACUGCAUAUGCUAAGAAGGCAAUGAUAGAUGAGGCAAUGCAUAUAUUUAACAAAAUGAAGCAGCAAGGGUUGAGUCCUGAUGUAGUCAACUUUGGAGCACUAAUAGAUGCACUAUGCAAAUUAGGCAGGGUGGACGAUGCUGUCCUUAAAUUCAACCAGAUGAUGAACGAAGGAGUGGCUCCUAACAUAUUUGUUUUUAAUUCCCUAGUUUAUGGACUGUGCACCGUAGACAAAUGGGAGAAAGCUAAGGAAUUUUAUUUUGAAAUGUUGAAUCAAGGAAUCCGUCCCGAUGUCGUGUUCUUCAACACCAUAUUGUGUAACUUGUGCACAAAAGGACAGGUUAUGAAAGCCCAAAGGCUCAUUGACUUGAUGGAACGUGUGGGCACGAGGCCUGAUGUUAUAUCAUACACUACAUUAAUAGGUGGCCACUGCUUAGUUGGUAGAAUUGAUGAAGCAGCAAAGUCACUUGAUGUUAUGCUCUCAGUUGGCUUGAAACCUGAUGAAUGGACUUAUAAUACCUUGCUUCAUGGCUACUGUAGAGCUGGCAGGAUAGAUGAUGCAUAUGGUGUUUUUCGAGAAAUGUUGCGCAAUGGCAUUACUCCUGGAGUUGUGACUUAUAGUACUAUACUGCAUGGAUUGUUUACAACCAGGAGAUUUUCUGAAGCAAAGGAACUCUAUCUCAAUAUGAUCACAAGUGGAAAACAGUGGAAUAUUUGGAUAUACAACAUAAUUCUGAAUGGUCUUUCCAAAAAUAAUUGUGUUGAUGAAGCAUUCAAAUUGUUUCAGAGCCUGUGUUCUAAGGAUUUUCAGCUUGAAAUUACUACUUUCAACAUUAUGAUUGGGGCUUUGUUCAAAAGUGGUAGAAAUGAAGAUGCCAUGCAUUUGUUCGCUACCAUCUCUUCUUAUGGUCUGGUUCCGGAUGUCUUCACGUAUUGCUUAAUAGCAGAAAAUCUCAUAGAAGAAGGGUACCUAGAGGAGUUUGAUGAUCUGUUUUCAGCAAUGGAAAAGAGUGGUACUACUCCAAACUCACGUAUGUUAAACGCUCUAGUUAGGAGGUUGCUACAUAGAGGUGACAUAACCAGGGCCGGGGCUUACCUCUCCAAACUUGAUGAGAAGAAUUUCUCACUUGAAGCUUCCACUACUGCCAUGCUUAUAUCACUUCUCUCGAGGGAUGAAUACCACCACCAUGCAACGUCUCUGCCUGAAAAGUAUCGUGUCCUUAAUGAAGCCAAGAAAUGAGUAUUAUGUUAGAAAUGAAUUCAGUUUUCGACUGCGCUGAUCAUCUUUAUGUGGCAUGUGAAUUUCUUGGAUGCUUUGAAUGAUGAAAUUCUCUAGAGAAAUGUCUCUUAUUAGUGCACUUCAGCCUCAAGUUUAUAAACAGGUAGAUCCUGUGGCAAAUCUUAGGUACCUUUUGAAGGAAUCAGUUUGCAAAUUAAUGAGUAACACCGUAGUCUGCCUUUUAUUGCAUAAUCUGCGAAGGAACCCUGCACUCUCAGCCAUAAUUUAAGCUUGGGUAUUUUCCCACACUGUUAACAGUGGAAAACGCUUUUUAUAUUUUUCCUCACACAAGCUAUGUUGACCGAAACAGUCUAUAUUGCUUUAUUGUCUUGAUUAGUUACCUGUAGGAUGCUCCCUAAGGAUCUCACAGUAUCCGCCUUUCCAUAUGAUGUGUUGAUAAUGAGUGCAAUGGUGCAUAAUGCAGAUCUCCCAGUUCAUUGGAAAUGAGGUUAGAUUUUUUUUCUCCCCUCCGCAAUCAGCUAACAUUUGCAAUAUCGUUAUCCUAUGGAAGCCUACUAACAAACAUUAUGUUAACUGUGCUGAUACAUCUUCAAGUGAAUUUUAAAUUUUUUGGAGUGGUUAUAUCUGUCUCCUGCUCUAAUUUACUGACCAUGAUCUAUGGCCUCCUUUGUUCGAAGAAACUGUCUAGAGAAAUGGUGUCCUUUCAGUGCACUUCAGCAUCAAGUUCACCAGGUGAAAUUUAUCUUUUGUUCAGCCACAGUUAUGUUUAGAGGGGAAAUCAAUUUAAACAUCAGUGGGUAUCACAACAUUCUCUGCUUAUUGUUGCAUUAUUUUGUAAGAGAUCCUGGUGUCUCAGUUAGAACAAUGACCUGAACCUCUUGAUCCUUGUUGAAAUUUGUAUAUUUUCUGGUUUGUAUGGUUCCUUCACUGUUAGCAGCGUUUACUCUCUGUAAUUCCAUGGAUUAAGAGAAUAAGAACAAGCUCUAACAGUAACGUUAGUGUUUUCAUGUCUACCCCAUCUGGUUAGUCGAAACAUACUAGUACUCCCAAAUGUUUUCAUGUCUGAAACUCAUAUCUGUCAUUCCUGUACUGCCUAGAAAAUCAUAGUAAGCCUCUAUUUGGACCACCACUAGUAGAAAACAAUGGUACAAUGUAUCUCUGUACUUGAGCCUGUAGCCUGUAGGCCAGCAUUCGUGGCCAUUAGAUGUACUCCUAUAUAGGAGCUCAACCAUCUAAUGUCAUUCACUCAUUUCAGCAAUUAUCAUUUGUUUCCCAGAAAGCGGAAUUCUUACAGGAUUCAUCAUUGACGAAUGACCAGGGACAAAUGAUCCUGAGGUAAAUGAGGCUGGCAGACAGCAAGACGUUGUGAUAACGUCUGUGCACUCAAACCACGAUGCACAAUGUGAUGAACAUUCCCCAUCCCAGCUCUAGCACUAACACUAUGUGUUGUACAGCUAGUGUACUGUACCAUAUUUCAGCAGUAGAAUUGCAUGGAACCGCAACACUUGUCAUUGUGCGUUUUCAGCCUUGUUCAUCCUCUGUUUUACAAGUCACAACGGCCUCUGUUUAUUUCAGAUCUUGAAUUGACUGAAGCCAUGACUAUUAGCGCUGCUUUCAACCUGCUGUUGCUAGUUAAAACUGAACAGGAUGUGUUCAAAACAACACGAAAUUUCCCCUUAGCCACUUGCAACAAUGCUAAAUCCAUAUCUAUAGUUCUGUACCUCAUUUGAAGAUCUUAUCAAAAUCUGUAAUUGUGUCCAGGGUGGUGGAGAGAGCCCGAGUCAGUUGAAUGAGCGCUGUGUCUCCUACUUGAACAAGAUUGUGCAAGAACACAUUGAAACUGUGACAUUGUGAAGCAGCCACGGAGAACUAGCGAGGAGGGAGGCUAGGCUAGCUGGGCAGAGAACAGCCAUCCUCCCUCGGAUGCGCGAGCCGAGGGCGAAUCCGAUCCAACACUUGCAUAGCUCUGGCGGCCACUGGCAACCGCCAUUGGAUCCUCGCCAACUCCGCGGACGUCGGCCACAUCAACGAAGAUGGCUUCCUUUCUGCAGGAUGCAUUUGUCGGCGAUGGCCGGUGGCAACUCUGCGUGACAGGAUAAACCACUGUCGUUGUCUACUGUCUGCCUCUGUCCUCAACAACAAAUGUUGCUCCCUUUCUCGUACAAUUGAAGUUGGAGGAAGCACGCCUGAGGCUCACACUUUGUCAUCAGUGCAAAUGAUGAACAACUUGUACAUGUUAACCGAAAGACUGAAUGGCACAGACGCUCUGUAUUGCAAGGAUUUCGUUUUAAGUUGUAAGUCAUUUUGGCUUUUUGAAA